AUUCAAUGAACGAAUUAUAUGAGUAGAUAUAAACUAUUAAAAAUUCAGGAUCAAGAGGGUAGGAAUUAAUGAUAGAUUCUUUUGUGAUUGGAUAUUUAUUUGCUUAAAAAAAAUUAAAAACAUCAGAGGAUCUUUAAGAAUUUCUAAAAUAACUAAAAGAAUUGAAAAAUGAAAUAGAUUAAGAUUUAAAAUUACCUUCAGCAAGGGAUGAAUAUCUUUUGAAUAAAUUAAGUAAUUUACCAAUUCUGUAAAUGAAAGAGAAACAAGAAGAUUUGCAAUAAUAAUAGAAAAUAAAAAAAAAGGAAUAAAAAUAGUAAGGAAUAAAAAAUAAAGAUCCAUUAUCUUAGACAACACCUAUAAUAUAAAAUGUUAAUAAAGAUUAAAUUGAUUUUUAAUAAUCUGUAUAAGUUUAAGGAGAAGAUGAAGGUGGUAAGAAGUAGAAUUCAAAAAAAACUAGUAAGGGUAAAAAGGCUACAGAAGGUGUUCAAACAAGAAAUUAGGCACUUUAAUCUAAAACUGAUUAAUAGUAAAACGAAUGAUGAUUUAUAU